GACGCAAUUCAUUCAUGCUGCACAUACGUAACUUGCGGUAGUAACCGGUAUCAGUAUAGUGGAAAGUUGUCUCCCAACAUAGUACUAGUGAGGGUAUUUUCUUGUGUAUGAGAAUCAGAAACUGACAGAAGUACAUGUAUAUGUAGAAAUCAUGAAAAUCUGGAGUACCGAGCACGUUUUCUAUCAUCCGUGGGAAACAGUCGCCAAAGCUGCGUGGCGGAAGUACCCCAAUCCGAUGAACAACAGCGUAGUGGGCGUGGACGUGGUGGAGAGACGAGUCGAACCAACGGGGAAGUUUGUCAGCAUCAACAGCAAAUCCAACAUGUUCAGUACUGCAAUACUGAAAUGUGCCAUUCUAAGACAGACAGAAACUGAAUCUUGUCAUGAAUACCUUCUCUUCCGGCAGUUUCUUGGUCUGAAUCCAACAUGUUACGCAAGUGAACACUCCCUCGUAGACGCACAAGAGAAAGUACUAAGGCUCAAAUCUAAAAAUAUAACUCUGAACAGCUACGUAUCAAUUGAUGAAGAGCUUGUAUAUAGGCCACAUCCAACCCUGAAAAAUGCAACGUUACUGAGGCAAGAAGCAAUAGUCACUGUCAACGGGUUUAGGUUGGCUGGUCAUCUAGAGUCGCUGGUUACCAACACGAUCUCAUCAAAAUCCGCUGCCGGUCGUGACGCGAUGGAAUGGGUCAUCCAGACCAUCAACCAAGAGAUGAAAGACCUGGCUUCCCAAGUCAACAAGAGCAUGGAAGACAUCAAGCACAGCAUGGAAGGACUCAACUACGAAUAAUGCUAACCCCUCCCCACCCCAGCCGCACGCUCCCCCCGGGGUGGGGACGAGUGCUACAAACGUAAGCCCGCCUUUGAUGUGUUACAUUUCGGGCAGUCGCCACUCUGAUGCCAAAAUGUUUGAAGUACAUUCUAUGCACUUGAGUGAGAGAGGUGCUCACGCCAGCCGGACGUACCUUGUUUUGAGGCUUUAAGUAGCCGUGACCAGUGGUGGACAAAAGGCUUUUAAGCACUAAUGUCCUGCAUUUAUUUUUAUACACUUGUAUAAGGUGCAGAUCUGAUAUUGUGAGUUUUUACAGAUGUGGCUUUUUAAUACUUUCAGUUUCUCGUUGGAGAAAUCCUUGGUAACGACCCGUACAUGGGAUAUCCCAGGCAGUAUUGAAGUUUAUUUGUAAAGCAUGUAUGAGGUCAGAGAGUCUUGUAUAGUUCUGACAGGGUUGGUACUACUCAAGUUAUUGGUUGCAAGACACUGGGGCCGUGAACAUCACCCAAAUUUGUUGAGGAUUUAUUUUUUGCCGAAACUGGCACCAUUUUUGGAAUUUGAGUUCUUGCAGGUAUUGAAUUUGAAAUCGACGCAUUAUAAAUUGAACUCCUCGCUGCAGUGGGAGUGAAACCAGACCUGCAAUGCAACUCUUUUGCUGUAACCGUGCUUCAGUCGCACAAUGUUCGGUGAGAGUAUGACACGACCCGAGGAUUUGGUUAUGAAGAUGUUUGCGUACAAGAGAAUGAAACCUUGUGUCCAAUAUCAAUGAUUAGCCUUUCUUCCUUCUUUGAAUCUUCAAGUUUUUUUUGCUUAUGUAUGUUAUCAAAUCUUUUGUAAUUCUGCAGGGAUUAGCAUAUCUUCAGUCCAAGUAGCAUACUGUUGUAAAUCUGUUUAUAAAAAUGUGUACAAACCCAAGAUAUUAGGAAAGGUUUAUUUCUUUAAAGUUUGGCUGAUGAGCUGAGGAUGCAACGAUCAUUUGCAAACCAAUCAAUGUCAUCAGAAUGAAGGUGAAUAACAGAUAGUCUUAGAGAACUGAGGAAACAUAUAACCAUGUCAGUUGACAUAAAUUCAGAAAAAUCAAAGUCUUUUUAAAUAUGAAUUGCUUAAUGUUCACAGCAAAUUUCAACAUCAAUGGCACAGGUUACCCAUCCCGAGCUGAAGUGCACCCCCAAUCAGCGAAAAGAAAGACAGGUGGUUACAAGCAGGUUCUUGCACGCAUUCUGC